UGUACUGUAGUGUGGUACCGUGAUUCUGCUAGCUAACUGAGAUUUUGGUGCAUCGGUGCGGCUAGGUAGGCCCAUGAGGGGUUGAGGAGAAGUGACGUUCCGUACGUAGUUUGGUGGGUAAAUCAGUGCACAGCCUGCACAGGCACGUGUGUGUGUGUGUAAGCAGCUAGCGCGGGGUGAGCCAACCAGGCUCCAGUCGGACCAGUUUCCAGCAGUACCAGUGAGCAGCAGACAGACAUUACCACCAUGUCGCGGGACCUCCACGCCACCGCCUGCCUCCUGGUGCUGACGCUCCUCCCUUUGGUAUCGACAGCCACGUCUCCGACCGCGUUAUUGGACAAGUUACUCUCUAAAGACAAUUAUGAUCCUAGGAUACGGCCAAACUUCAAAGGACCGUCCGUUAACGUGACGCUGGAUGUUUUCAUCAACAGCUUCGGCUCCAUUCAAGCCUCCACCAUGGAUUACAAAGUGAACAUCUUUCUCCGCCAGAGGUGGAAUGAUCCAAGGCUUCAGUUUAAGGAGUACAACGAAAGCCUGAGCAUCGACCCAAGCAUCCUCAACAGAAUCUGGAUGCCUGACUUGUUCUUCGCGAACGAGAAGGGAGCACAGUUCCAUCAAGUCACCACCAAGAACAGACUCUUUCGCGUUUCGCCGACAGGGGACAUCCUCUACAGUCUAAGAUUGACCUUGAGGCUGGCCUGCCCCAUGCAGCUGCAGCGGUUUCCCAUGGACCACCAGAUCUGCAUCAUGCAGCUGGAGAGUUUCGGCUACACCACCAGAGACUUACAGUUCAAAUGGAACGAUGAGGAGGGCUCCGAUCCGGUACAAACGUCGGACGAUGUGGAACUUCCACAGUUCGAGAUAGAGAAAACGGAAACGGCAAGCUGCCUGAAGGUCUACAGUACCGGUCUUUACACGUGUGUGGAGGCCAGGUUCUACCUGAAGCGGCAGCUGAGUUACUUCAUGAUGCAGACGUACACGCCCACCAUCCUGAUCGUCGUGCUGUCCUGGGUGUCCUUCUGGAUCAACAUGGACGCCGCGCCGGCCCGCACGGGACUCGGCAUCACCACCGUGCUCACCAUGACCACCAAAAGCACGGGGGUGUCGGCAGAUCUGCCGAAGGUGUCGUACGUCAAGGCCAUUGACAUCUGGAUGGCCGUGUGCAUGAUGUUUGUUUUCGCCGCGCUGCUGGAGUUCGCGGCAGUGAACUUCACCGCCCGGCUGCAGAAGGUGGAGGUGGAGAAGUGGGGCAGGAAGUUCAGCCGGAAGAAACAGCCCCAAGUUCAGGUACGGGUCCAGAAACGCUGCAUAGGGAUUCAGAAGAACAUCGACGACGUGCCUCCCAACUACACGGGACUCAUCCUCGUCGACAGCCAGGACCCUCGGUGGGAACAGGUACCGGUCAAAAUGGAGACGAACGCGAACGAGAACGAGACCAGCUUCACCUACAAGACCAUGGGGGUGGCCCCCCUGAUAGCGGAGCGGGAGGAGGAGGUCAAGGCCCCUCCCCCCAAGCCUGCGGCACCUCCGGGUCCUCCGGAGACGUUCAGAGACAAGGCUGAGAAAAUAGACGCCGUAUCCCGGAUCGUCUUUCCCAUGAUCUUCCUACUGUUCAACAUCGGAUACUGGUCGUCUCUGCUCGCCAUGUUCUGAUGAGGUGGUUGAAGUAUACAUGGCUUUGCAGUUGAAGCGGUCACACCUAGCAAUAUGUAAUAAUUAUAAUAACAUUUUCUCGACACAUGAGAAAACAUGAUAGAACUGUGUAUGAGAUGAUGAGGACUAAAGCGGCCACCACGCGUCUGUUUGUGCGGUCUGGUCGUUAUAAAUACGAGCGAUACGCGAUCAUUUCGUCUGCUGCUUCCACACGGGGGAAAAUGAACUUGAGAACUUGAGAAACCUGAACUUGAGAAACUCACACUGACUGUCACUUCGGCGGGACAGUUUCCUUGUACAUGAAGUUGAGAGUUAAGAUACCAACUAUUGC